AUGACUCAGAACGCUGAGUCGCCAGUCCCCUACGGCCACGAUGAAUCGGGCCCAGAGAAGAACGUGACGGCCGACGAGGCUGCUUUUCCACAAGACGAGAAGAAGGGGAACGAAACGAUGCCGCCUCCAUACACGCAGUCCCCGUACACGUCAGAUGCCUUUGGUGAUGAGGAGUUUGCUGAAGUCAAAUACAAGACUUUGAAGUGGUGGCAAUGCGGUCUGCUCAUGGUGGCCGAAACAGUGUCCUUGGGUGUCCUUUCGCUGCCUGCCGCCGUGGCAGGUUUGGGUUUCGUUCCAGCCAUUAUCAUUCUCGUUGCGCUGGGUCUCUUUGCGACAUACACAGGUUACGUCAUUGGACAGUUCAAGAACCGAUUCCCGCAUGUAACGAACAUGGCGGACGCGGGUGAGGUUGUGGCAGGAAAAUUCGGCCGCGAGUUCAUGGGCGUUGCGCAGAUGCUGUUCUUCGUCUUCGUCAUGGCGAGCCAUCUGCUCACGUUUACCGUGGCUAUGAACACCAUCACUGAGCACGGCACGUGCUCGAUUGUCUUUGGAGUUGUCGGAAUGGUCGUCUCGUUCAUUCUGUGCUUGCCUCGCACUCUGGAGAAGAUGUCAUGGCUCUCUCUAGUUUCAUUUAUCAGUAUCUUUUCGGCCGUCAUGAUUUGCAUGAUUGGUGUUGGCAUUUCUAAACCAGGAGUCAACAAUGUUGUAGCAGUCGUUGACACCGACCUCUACCACGGUUUCACUGCUGUGACUAACAUCGUCUUCGCCUUCUGCGGACACGCCGCUUUCUUCGGCCUCGCCGCCGAACUGAAAGACCCCCGCGACUUCCCUAAGGGUCUCUGCCUCCUCCAAGGAAUCGACAUCUGUCUCUACCUUGUCGCAGCUGUUGUAAUUUACCGCUACGGUGGUGCCGACGUCACCUCGCCCGCUUUGGGAUCUGCAAGCCCAAUUGUCAGCAAGGUCGCCUACGGCAUUGCCCUUCCUACUAUCCUCAUCGCCGGUGUUAUUUACGGCCACGUUGCCUCCAAAUACAUCUACGUCCGCAUUUUCCGCGGCACAGACCGCAUGCACAAGCGCGAUGCCGUCGCCGUCGGCUCCUGGGUCGCCAUUGCCCUUGGCCUCUGGAUCCUAGCCUGGAUCAUUGCCGAGGCGAUCCCCGUCUUCUCCAACCUCCUCUCCCUGAUCACCGCCCUCUUCGCCAGCUGGUUCACCUACGGCCUGUCUGGCAUCUUCUGGCUCUUCAUGAACAAGGGCCUCUGGUUCAAGAACUGGAAGAAGAUCUCCCUUACGCUCCUUAACCUGCUCGCUAUUGCAGUUGCCUGCGUGCUCUGUGGCAUGGGUCUCUGGGUGUCUGGCAAGGCUCUGCACGACAACCCGAGCUCGGCGAGCUUUUCGUGCGCGAAUAAUGCUUAG